AUGCCCGCAUGGUCUCCAGCAAGUUCCUCACUUGUUUCUCGGACUUCCGCCGCCCCGACGCGGAGAGCCACAUGCUCCUGGCCGACUACGUGGUCUACCUGGAGGAGGGACUACGCCGCGCACUUCGGCCUGAUGGAUGUCAUCCGCUUCGACACCCGAAUCGAGAAGAUCAAGCGGGUGGGGGAGACCGGCAAGUAUCAGGUGCAAGUCACACCUCCCGAUGCCCGACACGGGCACGCCGAGGAGUGGGACGCAGUGGCCGUGUGCUCCGGAGGGGACGGCUUGCACAACGUCCCGAGCGUCCCGACUUUCCCUGGUCAGGGUGCAUUCACGGGCUCCAUGUUCCACAGCGCUGAGUACAAGGACCCUGCCGUGUUCGCAGACAAGGAUAUCCUGGUCGUUGGCAGCGGAGAGACGGGCUUCGACGUGGCAUACGCGGCAGCAACGAAUGGCGCCCGGAGCGUGACGCUUUCCACGCGCCACGGCUUUGUGUCGGUGCCCGCGAUGUUCAGCAGCGCCUUGCCUCCUCUGGACGGGGACUGCAUCAUCAUGAAUUGGGCCACUCACAACUGGGAGAGUAAUUUUGCUGCGCGGAUCGGCCUGCACUGGUGGAUCACCACCAAGUUUAACAGGGUGGGCUUCUGGCUCAUGACUGGCACCACCUACGGCUUCAAUCAGUGGACUGGGCGGCGCUUCAACAUGACGUGGGACGAGGGUCGCAAGCACAUCGUCAACAAGUCCACCAAGUGCAUGCCGCUCAUCUCGCGCAAGCUGAAGAUGGCCCGCCCAUGGUGGCAGCGCCUGCCGUGGUGGUCCAUGUGGGACGCCCCUGCCGUGGAGGCCGGGAAGGACCUUGACGUUGACGUCGUCGAGGGUCCCAUCGUCGGCAUGAGCGACAGGACGGGACGGUGA